ACACACUCAAACCAUUAACUGAACAACAUAACAAAAACACAGAAAGUGCUUAUGUCAAAAGUGUCAAAAAUAAUAGUCCAUGGACCCCACCAAACUCAUCUGAUCAAGAGGUGUAUAUAGCACAUCAAGAAUCAUUUUUUAUCGUAGACUAUAAUGUGUAUUUACUAAUUAAAACGGUACGCAAACUUUGGAAAAAAGUUAAGAUGUCUGUAAAUUUAGAAAAAAAUAAGGCUGCAAUAGUGGGUGCAUGGAAGGAUGUGCUUGAUGAUAAAACACCAACAGAUUGGGCGCUAUUUAGCUAUGAAGCCCAGAGUAACGAUCUUAAAGUUGUGUCGACCGGUGAUGGUGGGCUAAACGAAUUGAGUGAGGAUUUGAAUUCGGGCAAAAUAAUGUACGCAUUUGUACGAGUGCACGAUACGAAAACAAGUCUUACCAAAUUUCUUCUUAUCAAUUGGCAGGGUGAAGGUGCGCCAACUUAUCGUAAAGGAACAUGUGCAAAUCAUAUUCGUGAUAUUUCAAAAUUAUUGACUGGAGCCCAUUUAACCAUAAAUGCACGCAAUGAGGACGAUGUUGAGACUGACCUAAUCAUGCAAAAAUUGAGUUCCGUUGGGUCGGCAUAUAGCUUCAAGGAACCGAGAAUGGUUCAAGAAGAAAAUCGUGGACCCGUGGGAACAAACUACUCGAAGGUGAUUCCAGCCAAAGAAAUUAACUUCAGAGAUCGUGAUAGUUUUUGGAAGAAGGAAGAAGAGGAGGAACGUAGACGUGUUGAGGUAGAGAAAGAACUUCGUCAAAAAGAACUGCAGAAAGUGGAACAGGAAAGACGAGCUCGAGAAGAAAAAGAACACAUCGAACGGGAACGUAAAAUUGCAAUUAAUGACUUGAAAUCGCCAACAAAUAAUGACGUCGUGACCCCAAUAAAGAGUUCUCCACAACCUCUCAGUCCACAACAACUAAGCCCCGUCAGAACAAUGACUCAAGCAGAAGAAAUGCGUCAACAACGCAAUUUAGAAGCCCGCGAGCUGAUUGGCUCCAGAGUUGGAACGGCAAAGGCAAUAUUUUCACAAAAUUCCGCUAGCGGCCAAAUGCAGACCACCAACAAGGUAGCACCGAUCAAACCAAUACGUAACACAAUUCAGCAACGUUUUGCACCGUCGAACACUGAUUCCGGAAGUGAGAAGAAUGACGAAAGCAUUGAAAAUACACCGAGUGCGAAUGUAACCGAGAAAAUCGCUCAUGUCGCCGAGGAAGUGGUUCUGAAUGCAGACAAUGUACAAACAUUCCAAAAUGUUAUAAACAACGGAAAGACAGACCGGCAAAUCGAGGAAACCGUUGAAGCCAAGCCGGUGAUCAACGACGAACAGUCGGCCGAACAAUACGAUGAUGGCGAUCAAUUUUCGACGAUAAAACGGUCACCGUAUACGAAAACCAAUAGUAACAACAGUCAAGUGUCAACACCGGUAGAAACUGAGCCCCCACAACAAUUUAAGCAGCAAAAUGUUAGUGAAUUGAAUCAAAGUGAUAUUGUGACUGAAGAGGACAUAAUUUAUCAAGAUGUUAUGAGCGAUGGCGGUCUGAAGGCUCGAGCACUUUAUGAUUAUCAAGCAGCUGAUGAUUCCGAAAUAACGUUCGAUCCUGGUGAUGUUAUAACGCAUAUUGAUCAAAUUGAUGAGGGCUGGUGGCAAGGACUCGGACCAGACGGUUCCUACGGCCUGUUCCCGGCUAAUUAUGUAGAAUUGAUACCAUAAGAGAGAAAAAGUUUUUGGUUUUUAAAUUGAGGGUACCGUUCGUCGUUAACAUUGGUGCGAAUAUUUUAUUUAAAAUCAUUUUUUUAUCAACUUUUUUUAGGUUUUCAUUUUUUAAUUUUUUAUAACAAAAACUACUUUUAUUUGUCAUUUUAUUUACAACGCAUCAGGUAUAAAAAAAAACAAACAAACAAAGGCUGCAUAGCAGCAUCCGCAACUUUAUAAAUGUGUCAAAUGAUUAUUAAUUGAAUGCACAAAAAAAUGAACAUAAUUUUAAUUACAUUCCUUUAUCGUGUCAUGGAUAAGAAAAAGAUUUUUAAUGCAAACUCGUUGUUAUUUAUCACAUUAUUAUUACGUCAUUAGAGCACCUUUUCUCGAUCAAAUUGAUUCCGAAACGUAUUUAAUGUUCUGCCAAUUUUCAAUUCUCCUUUAACGACAAUGAGAACAAUUCACUGGAACAAUUUUAGAAAUUUUCACGGAUUAACAUUUUCUAAUUUAUUGAUGCAAUGUUUAACAAAAGUUUACUUGCCUUUUAGAAGCGGCUAGUCACCGACAACCAAAAUCUAUCGUAAAUGUUAAAACAGAUGAAGUAAAAGAUUUAAUGAUGAUGUGCCGUUUGUAAAAGGGUAAAUUGAGAAAUUGACUGUGUUUGCAUAUUUAUUGUAACAUUUUCUACAAAUUGUCAGACCUCAAUCCUUUAGUGUAAAAUAUUUAAAUGUUUCCCGAAGCGGUCUAUGAAACCCAGUUGUAUCAAUUUAUCAUAAAUGAAUUGGGUGCGUGACUAGAAUUUUUUUUUGUUCCGUUUUUGUCAACUAUCUCGAAAUUCUUUGCCAGAGUAUGAUGUUACUUGAUAUAUUAGAAAAGGUAAUUAGGAGGAGUGCAGUUCAUUUAAAAAUAUAAAAUUAUAUAUUUAUAUGUCAUUUAUAGUCAUUAUGUCAAGUAAUUACCAUGUAUAAUCAAUGUUACACAAGAGUGUUGGAAGAAUUAUGUCACAAUACAUUUAUGCUGUCCCAGUUACGUCUGUCGUAAUUGUGAAUUAAUUACAAAAAUUUGAUUAUCAAUAGGUACACGUUGCCUCACAUUAUAAACAAAUUAAUUAUGAAAAUUGUUGGAAAUGAAUUGUUGUUUCGAGAAAUUUUCUGAAAUUCUUCUCGUACAAUCUGUAAAUGAAUUGUGAUGGUUCAUUGGCCUAAAAGAAAUUUAGAAAAUUCUGUAAGAUCGUAUAACUACAAGAAACCAGCAUAAACUGAAUUAUUUGACGAUAGUAUUAAUGUUCAAACAACAGGACAAUACACAAGAAAAAUGAGAAUAAUGAAAAACUUUGUUGAAUUUAAGUUUGUAGUUGAAAUUUAAAUUAAUUUUAGAAAGUUUCUUUUUGUUUAAAAAAAAAUUGUCUAGUAAUCAACUCAUCUUAGGUUUGUAGAAUUCAUGUCAGGAAGUAUAUUUGGAUAACAAAUUUGCUGUUAAUUUAGUUACUGUCGCAAACGUAUAUGUAUUAUAAAAGAUCAAAAUCAUGUUUUUUGUACACACCCAUUUACAGUAUUUAAUAAAUCGCAAUAACAGUCA